AUGGCAGGCAGACCGCAGCAUACGAACCGCCAGGACGAUCUACUAGGCUUGGACGACGAUGAAGGCCCCAUAUACAACUCCGGACACCCUCCGCCCGUCUCAGACGAUCGCAUCCUCCACGACUACGACAUUGCACAUUCGAGCAGCGCAGGCCGCAUAAGCACUUCGCACGACGACUUUGUCGGCUCACAGGCUCAGAACACUUCCCUGCCCGGUGGACCGGGAUACUCAAAUCUUCAACAUGGCCUCCAACGGCCUCCUGCGCUUGGAGAGACAGGGCGCAACCAUUCCCACACUUCCGGACUGGGCAACUACCAGCGCUAUUCCGACAUUGACGAUGACGGCUACUCAACACAGGGAGGCUACUAUGCUGCAGGCGGCGGAAUAGACGAGGAUAACAUGCCCGAGGUACCCAUGCAGCAUGGAAGCAGCAAGCACAGAAAUCGCAACAGCAUCAUGAGCUUAGGAGGCGGCAUAAUGGGAAGGGUAAAGAACACGCUGGGCAUGCAGCCGGACUACAGUGAGAUGGACUUGCCCCUGACAGAACAACGAGGACAUCGAGAUCUGGGCAGCGGCGGCGUGGACACCCUGAACGAUGCGACAGAUGCCCCCGCGGCCAGGAAGACGCCCGGGUCGAAGUUCAAGUUUGGCCUGCCUGGGCGAAACAAGGUGGAUCCUGCGACCUUGGGGCCGCGCAUCAUACACCUAAACAAUCCACCAGCGAAUGCGCAGAACAAAUACGUGGACAACCACGUUUCGACGACCAAGUACAACAUUGCGACUUUCGUGCCCAAGUUCUUGUUCGAGCAGUUCAGCAAAUAUGCCAACUUGUUCUUCUUGUUUACUGCCAUCCUACAACAGAUCCCGAACAUCAGUCCAACGAACCGAUAUACCACGAUUGUACCGUUAGGUAUUGUGCUCCUGGUAUCAGCAGGUAAAGAGAUUGUCGAAGACAACAGGCGAAGGUCGCAGGACGGUCAGCUGAACAGGAGUAAAGCGCGAGCGUUGCGAGGCACCACGUUUCAAGACGUCAAGUGGAUCGAUAUCAAAGUUGGCGACAUUGUGCGCGUGGAGUCCGAGGAGCCCUUUCCCGCGGACAUUGUCCUACUGGCAUCAUCCGAGCCUGAAGCUCUGUGCUACAUCGAAACUGCGAACCUGGACGGAGAGACCAAUUUGAAGAUCAAGCAAGGUAUUCCAGAGACUGCAGAUCUGGUAUCUGCUGCUGAGCUGGCGCGAGUUGGGUGCCGCAUACGAAGUGAACAGCCCAACAGCAGUUUGUACACUUACGAAGCCACACUCACCAUGCAAGCUGGUGGAGGAGAGAAGGAGCUGCCGCUGCAACCCGAUCAGCUUCUACUUCGAGGCGCAACAUUACGAAACACACCGUGGAUUCAUGGAGUUGUUGUCUUCACCGGGCACGAGACGAAGCUUAUGCGCAACGCCACUGCCACGCCUAUCAAGCGGACAAACGUUGAGCGCAAAGUCAACACCCAGAUCCUCAUGCUUGGUGGAGUCCUGGUCAUUCUCUCUGUCAUCUCCUCUGUCGGAGACAUUGUGGUGAGACAAACUAUUGGCAAGAAUCUCUGGUUUCUGCAGUAUUCGUCUGUCAACCCAGCCCAGCAGUUCUUCAGCGACAUCUUCACAUACUGGAUUCUGUACUCCAACUUGGUGCCUAUUUCACUGUUCGUGACAGUGGAAAUCAUCAAGUACUAUCAAGCUUUCUUGAUCAGCAGCGACCUCGACAUCUACUACCCAGAAACAGACACGCCAGCGAAUUGCCGAACGAGCUCAUUGGUCGAAGAGCUGGGUCAAGUCGAAUACAUCUUCUCCGAUAAGACUGGCACCCUGACCUGUAAUAUGAUGGAGUUCAGGCAGUGCAGUAUCGGUGGUAUCCAGUACGCAGACGAUGUACCAGAAGAUCGUAGAGUUGUCGAAGGCGACGACAGUGGCAGUGGCAUCUAUGACUUCAGGGGCCUCGAGAGGCACAGAAGGGAUGGACAGAACACGGAUACGAUACACCACUUCUUGAGCUUACUGUCAACAUGUCACACCGUCAUCCCAGAAGUGAAAGCGGAGAAGCCUGGCGAAAUCAAGUACCAAGCAGCAUCGCCCGAUGAAGGUGCUCUGGUGGAUGGUGCUGUGCAGCUCGGCUACAAGUUCGUUGCUCGCAAGCCGAAGCUGGUCACCAUUGAGGUUGGUGGUCAAGAGUACGACUACGAGUUGUUGGCAGUCUGUGAGUUCAACUCGACCAGAAAGCGAAUGAGUUGUAUCUACCGUUGUCCCGAUGGCAAAAUACGGUGCUAUACAAAGGGCGCCGAUACCGUCAUUCUCGAACGACUGGCUAUACGCGAUGAGAUGGUCGAAAGGACACUUCUACAUCUGGAAGAGUAUGCUGCUGAAGGUCUGCGAACACUGUGUUUGGCCGUGCGUGAGAUCCCAGAUUCAGAGUUCCGUGAAUGGUGGGAUGUGUUCAACACUGCGCAGACGACGGUGAGCGGUAACCGCGCAGACGAGCUCGACAAAGCUGCCGAGAUCAUUGAGCAUGAUUUGACCCUACUUGGAGCCACUGCUAUCGAAGACAAGCUGCAAGACGGUGUGCCAGACACGAUUCAUACCCUGCAAACUGCUGGCAUCAAAGUAUGGGUCCUGACGGGAGACAGACAAGAGACUGCUAUCAACAUCGGAAUGUCUUGCAAGCUCAUCAGCGAAGACAUGACUCUACUCAUCAUCAACGAGGAGAACGCCGCGGACACUCGAGCGAACAUCCAGAAGAAGCUUGAUGCUAUCAACUCGCAGCGUGCCGGUGGCAUCGAAAUGGAGACCCUGGCACUUGUGAUAGAUGGCAAGAGCUUGACAUAUGCUCUCGAGAAGGAUCUGGAAAGACUCUUCUUGGACCUCGCAGUGAUGUGCAAGGCAGUUAUCUGCUGUCGUGUAUCGCCACUGCAGAAGGCUCUGGUCGUCAAACUCGUCAAACGCCACAUGAAGAGCAUCCUUCUGGCGAUCGGUGAUGGAGCCAACGACGUGUCCAUGAUUCAAGCAGCUCACAUCGGCAUCGGUAUUUCCGGCGUGGAAGGUCUUCAAGCAGCUCGAUCCGCCGACGUCUCCAUCGCACAAUUUCGCUUCCUCCGCAAACUCCUCCUCGUCCACGGCGCCUGGUCCUACCAACGCAUCAGCAAAGUCAUCCUGUACUUCUACUACAAGAACACCGCACUCUUCAUCACGCAAUUCUGGUACUCCUUCCAAAAUGCCUUCUCCGGACAAGUCAUCUACGAAUCAUGGACCCUAUCCUUCUUCAACGUCAUCUUCACGGCCAUGCCACCUUUCGUGCUGGGCAUCUUCGACCAGUUCGUGAACGCCCGCCUCCUAGAUCGCUACCCACAACUCUACCAAAUGAGUCAAAAAGGAAUCUUCUUCCGCACCCACAACUUCUGGUCCUGGGUCGGAAAUGGUUUCUUCCACUCCCUCAUCCUCUACUUCGUCAGCGAAGCAAUCUACUGGCGCGACGGCGUCCUCUCUGAUGGCAAGAUUGCUGGCCAUUGGGUUUGGGGUACAUCCCUCUACACUGCCGGCCUCGUCACUGUCCUCCUGAAAGCCGCACUCAUCACAAACAUCUGGACGAAGUACACCGUCCUCGCCAUCCCCGGAAGUCUGGCAGUUUGGUUCAUCUUCCUGCCCGUCUACGCUACUGUCGCGCCGAAGUUGGGAUUCUCGACAGAGUAUAUCAAUACCCUCCCCGUCAUCCUCACGGACGCGAAAUUCUGGCUCAUGGGUGUCGUCAUCCUCCCAAUGCUUUGCCUGCUACGUGACUUCGCGUGGAAGUAUGCGAAACGCAUGUAUUACCCGCAGGCGUACCAUCACGUUCAGGAGAUUCAAAAGUAUAAUAUUCAGGACUAUAGGCCUAGAAUGGAACAGUUCCAAAAGGCUAUCCGCAAAGUCAGACAAGUCCAGCGCAUGCGGAAGCAAAGAGGAUAUGCGUUCUCGCAGACGGAUGAGAGUCAAGCAAGAGUGCUGCAGGCUUAUGAUACGACGAGGGAGAGAGGGAGGUAUGGCGAGAUGGCGAGUUCGAGGCGGUAG